UGCGCCCCCCCCCUUUUUUCCUUCCUUUUUUCCUUCUUUUUUUCCUUCUUUUUUUCCCUUCUUUUUCUUCCUUCUCUUUUUACUGCAAUGCAUGCAAUGAGGCAACCGGUUUUCGUACAUACCUAGUUUAGCAUCUACCUACCUGGAAAGGGGGCCCGAGCUCCAUGUUUCCCCCUCUCACUCUGCUACUACCGUAUACGGAUACUAUAUGUCAUGUCUGGUUUUGUCUUGACUUGUUUAGACUUGUCUUGCCGUGUCUUGCCUUGGCUUGUCUCGCUUCGCUGCUUCUUCUAGCGGUCCUUCUGUCUGGUUUCUGGCCUGAUUUGGUUGUUUGGCUCUGGUGGUGGCCCCUUUCCAUUCUUCUGUCCCGUCUCCCCGUGACGACACAUAUCCGUCGUCUCCCGCUUCCGUCUGACCGUUUGCACAGCACCGAGGACGACAAAUAUCGGGCCGGAAGAGUUUCGAGGAGGCCGGGGGAACUGCCAACCAGCUAGCCCUAGCUCUAAUUAUCAACAGCUUGUUUGUCAAAUCGCCUGCCUUAGUCACGGCCCCGGUGGGAUUCUAUUUUAAAGUCGUAUUGUCAAUACAACCCUUGACAAAGAAUCAAUGAAGAAAGUUGGGU